CGCUGAUACAGAUCAUGUGGCUGGCAUGGCAUGAUUGAUAUGUAAAGAGGCUUGGUCUGGCGUCCCUUGACCUUUUUGAUGAACUCUUCAGUCAUUUCGCUUUUGGUCUUUGAUUCUCAUUUUCCUUCUCCCUUGCUGUGUUUGUGUUUCUGUGAACAGAAUAAUCGAGGUUAAGCAUUCGACGACUCGAAUCUCUCACCAUGUCGUCGUCACCGCCCCGUCUGGAGAAAGUAGGCAACACCGCCCAACUGAUCGUGAACGGCGAGCCGUUCUUGAUGCGGGCUGCAGAACUGCAAAACUCGUCAUUGACAUCCGCCGAGUUCAUGCGGACGGUGUGGCCGAAACUGACGGCCGCAAACAUCAACACGGCCCUGGGCUGUGUGACCUGGGAGCACAUUGAGCCCGAGGAAGGAAAGUUUGAUUUCGGCGAGUUGGACCAGAUCAUUGCCGAUGCGCAUGCUAAUGGUGUGCAUUUGGUCUUGUUGUGGUUUGGGUCGUUUAAAAAUGGUCUAUCAACAUACGUCCCUACAUGGGUCAAGCAAAAUCACCAGCGGUUUCCACGGGCCAAACUGCGCGUUGCCGGCGGAAAGCUCGAGACCGGGGACGUGCUGUCCAUCUUCCACAGCGAAGCCCAAAAAGCCGACGCAAAGGCAUUCACCGCACUAAUGAAACACUUAUCCCAAGUCGACCGUCACUCAACUGUCCUGAUGGUCCAAGUCGAGAACGAAAUCGGACUGCUCGGGGAUUCGCGAGACGGCAGCAACGCGGCCAACGAGCGAUUUGCGGCGUCUGUGCCGCAGAAGUUAGUUGACACCCUCAACAACGACUGGGAGUCGUUGCAUCCAACACUGAAAGCAAACCUUGCAACUUUCAAAUCUCUCAAGGCCAAACCAGGUUCAUCGUGGGAGGAGACGUUCGGCGCGAGCAAACAGACGGACGAACUAUUCAUGGCUUACCAUUACGCCCUGUACGUGGAGCAAGUGGCGUCAGCAGGCAAAGCAGCAUACCCACUACCACUGUACACGAACGUAUGGCAGAACUACGUGAGUGACACGGCGGACAACCCGUUUCCCACUGUGGCCGGCGGCGGCGGCGAGCCGGGAGACUAUCCAUCUGGAGGCGGCGUGGUGAACGUGAUAGACAUCUGGCAGUCGUUUGCGCCGUCACUGGAUCUCAUCGCGCCGGACAUCUACUUGAACGACUAUGCCGCCUCGUGCGCCUUUUACCGUCACCGCAACCAGCCGCUGUUCAUCCCCGAGCAACGCCGUGACGACUACGGCGCCAGGCGCAUCUGGCUUGCCUACGGCUCCUUUGGCGCGCUUGCCGCCUCCCCCUUUGGCAUCGAUACCCUGGACCCCGUCACGAAUCCGUACCGAAGACACUACGAGCUUCUGGCACAGGUCCAGCACCAUGUCUUGCAGGCUCAACGUCGCCCAGGGUCCAGUGUCGGCUUCUUCUUUGAUGAAUUGUCUGGCCCCAAAGACCCCUCUCCGCCCGUCCGGAAGAGGUUUGGUGAUUGGGACCUGCUCAUUGAGCGGUCGUUCGUCUUUGGUAAACCUUCCCCUGGAUACGGUAUGGUCAUUCAUUUGGGUAGUGAUCGCUUCCUCCUCAUCGGUCAGGGGUUCCAGGUCACUUUCGCCUCGGCUAAGCCCACCGCCACGUUUACGGGGAUCCUGUCCUUCCUGGAGAAGGAGGUUGUAAAUGUCAAGACUGGGCAGCUCAAGACUUUGCGCGAGUUGAACGGCGAUGAAACCCGAAGUGGCAAGUUCUGUAUCAUGCCUAGUGACGAUCCCGAUUAUGGCGAUUUUCCCAUCUGCGUCACCAUCCCCGCCAACACGCGCAUAGCCGAAGCUCGUCCUUACUGCUUGGAGGAAUAAAAGGAUGCAACCACAAGAAAAAUAAUCGCCCGGCUCAUCUUGGGCAUGGAGUGAGCUGAUUCAGCGGGAGCUAGUUCGCAAAAACGUAUAUGGUACACAGCACCGCAUUGGCAUGUCGAAGACUUUUCUUCCAUAGAACAUCCUCGCAAAACCGAGCAUGGUUUCGCUCGUGGUGCCCUUCAGGACAGGGCGCAGCCCAUGGCUGAGAAAAAAGAAUAGACCAUUAUAGACUGAUGAACUCACUGAUGACCAUGACUUUUCCAUGUGACAGCAUUAUGCUUUUGAAUGAAUCAAUAGUGUUGAGCGCCA